CGGGCGCGGAUCGUGCCGCGGGAGCUAGGGAGGCGGCGGCGGCAGAGAUCGCCGGAGAACGGCGGCGCCGACGUGUCUGGAUUUCCUUUUCCUCUCUCUAGGUUUCUCUCCUUGCUUCCUCUGAGCUCUCCUCAAGUGUCUCCCUUCGCGAAUUAGGGUUUCGAUAGCGCCGCGGUUCGUAUGAGCGGUUUUGAGAUGUUCUCUCUGAGAGAAGUGCUUCGGCGCCUCUGUGCUGAGAUCGGGUGGUCGUAUGCAGUUUUUUGGAGGGCGAUUGGGCCCUCUCACCGCAUGCUUUUGGUUUGGGAGGAUGGGUGCUGUGGACAUACAUCAGGCAUUUUGGGGUCUGAAGCUUCUGAUUUACUACUUGAGGAGCAUGGAUUGGUUCAGAAGUUGCACAACCAACAAGCUGCUAAAUAUGGAAGUCAAACAGAGGAAAGUGUAAAUGCGCUGGUAAGGAAGACGAUGAUGACGCAGGUUCAUGUUAUAGGAGAUGGGAUAGUAGGGGAAGCUGCUUUUACUGGAAAUCAUCGUUGGAUUGUUCGAGAUUCUUUAAAGGAUUAUGGAUCUCUAUCAAAGGAUGCUGAUGAGAUGAAUCAGCAGUUUGCAGCUGGCAUUCAGACGAUCGUUAUCAUUCCCAUACUACCACGUGGUGUUUUGCAACUUGGCUCCACUCAGAUGCUUAUGGAAAAUGUUGGUUUUUUAAUACACACGAAGAAUUUACUUUCACAAUUAAAUAAUCGAUCAGGGUCUUCAUUUUCAAGACUAAGUUUAGAUACCAAUCCCUCCUUUGUUGAGCCUAUCCUUCACUGCAGUAGACAGCUGGAAGGUGAAACAGUUGGAGCACGUGUAUACACGAAGGCCAAUCUGAGUCUUGGCAAGCAGGGAGUGACUAAUGAUAAUGGAUCUAAAAUUCAGACUCAGCCUUCAGUAAUGGACUCAGAUUUUACUUCUCGCUUAACAUCACUCGAAGAGCAGCUCUUAUUCAUGUCUCAUGAUGGAUUAUUAGAACCUGGAAAUAAUGCAGGAUCAGCAGUACAGGGCACUGGAGCUGUUCGGUUAAUAUUGAAUGGACGUGAUAACCCUAAUUUGCUUGAAGAUUCCAACAUUGUCUCACCACAUUUGCAAAACAAGUUACUGAAUACUGUAGACAGUCUUGGAAAGUUUGGAUCACUUCUACAUGGCAGUAAUGAAAUCACCAGGGUCUUAUGUGCUAAUUCAUCUGGCACAGGGACAAGUCAAAUGAUAGACCAAAGAUACAAUAAUGCAGAGAGUUCACAGCAAAAUCAGCCUUCUUCGCCCUACAGAGUUACUCAAGCUGUUCCGAUUGAGGGGAAUGAGGGGAGACAUGAAAAUGAUUUGGUUGAGGCUGCAGGACUAAGGCGUUCAAUUCAAAAUGAUCGACAAACCCGUUCUAUUGCAAAUUCUAUUGCAAAUGAAUCAAACAAGAUUUAUGCUACUGAAAAUGGGAAUGGCGUGAAGGAUGAGAAUGACUGCAAGCUUUCACAUAUAAGAACAGAGAAAACUUCACUUUUGCCUCUUGAUCGUUCCAUGGAAAGUGAUCUGUUUGAUAUGUUGGGUCCCAAGUUUCGUCAGUUUCAUGAUGGUUCGGAUAAUAGCUUGGGUAUAAAUGCAUUUAUCCACUCGAUUAAGUCUGACGCUUCUCCUGCAUUUGAUUCAGCAAAUGAUGAUUUCUCUCAAUCAGGAAUUUUUUCUGUAGCUGACACUGACCAACUAUUGGAUGCAAUAGUCUCAAGCAUCAAUCCAACUGCAAAACAGAAUUCAGACGACAGUAUAUCCUGUAAAACUUCACAGACAGAUAUUCAUAAUUCUGCUUGUUACGGUGGAUAUGCGCCUUCAUCAGAGGUGAAACAAGAUGAGUUAUCCUACCUUCCGCCUGUGCCUAUCAAGAAUGAGACAGCAAUAUCAAGUUAUGUUAAACCACAAUGCUCUCAUCCUCAGAGUACUGGAGUUCACAAAUCUCAGAUCCAUCUUUGGCUUGAAAGUGGCCAGAACAUGAAAUGUGAUAGUAUGCCGGCUUCAAAUAGUAAAAAACUGGACAUAACUGGUAAGGCAAAUAGGAAGAGAUCUAGACCAGGAGAAAGUCCGAGGCCACGGCCAAAAGAUCGCCAAAUGAUACAAGACCGUAUUAAGGAAUUGAGGGAAAUAGUACCAAAUGGUGCGAAGUGUAGCAUUGAUGCCUUACUGGAGAAGACCAUUAAACACAUGCUUUUCUUGCAAAGUGUGACAAAGUAUGCUGAUAAACUCAAGGAAAAGGGGGAGUGUAAGAUAGUUGAUAAGGAUGGUGGUCUGCUCUUGAAAGACUGUUAUGAAGGUGGUGCAACUUGGGCAUUUGAUGUUGGUUCUCAAUCUAUGAUCUGCCCGAUAAUAGUGGAGGAUCUCAACCAACCUCGCCAGAUGCUCGUGGAGAUGCUUUGUGAGGAGCGAGGUUUCUUUCUGGAAAUAGCUGACUUCGUCAAGGGUCUCGGAUUGACCAUCUUGAAGGGGGUGAUGGAAGCACGUAAGAGUAAAGUCUGGGCUCGAUUUGUUGUGGAGGCAAAUAGGGACGUUACAAGAAUGGAGAUAUUUCUAUCACUUGUUCGCCUGUUGGAACAAACAGCCGGAGGCGGUAUAAUACCAAUGAACGUCAAUAAUGUCGACGCGACUCACACAUUGUUGUGCCAACCUAGUAGUAUUCCCGCAACCGGCUUGUGAGAUUGCCAUCAAUGAGGAGAUCGGCGCUUUAUUCAGCCACUUUAGAGAUGCUAAGAGUGGGAUCGACUUCGCCCUGCCAUGACUAGUGUUUCAGUGGCCAUUAAGGUUUCCCAUUUUGCGGCUUUUUGCACUCUUCUGACUAAUUCUGGGAGCCCUACUUGCUUGAACAUUCGAAUGCUCGGGUUGGCACGAGAGCUUCGUUUUGUAACAUUUCUCGUUGUAAUCUUUAUGUCACUCCUUUUCCAUGUACUAUUUAUUGUUGGAUAAUAGUAGAUUAAUUUUGUUGUAUUUUUACUUUUUUUUUAUCUUUCUUGUAUGGUGGGGCUAAUGUUUCUGGCUAAUGUGUAGAACUAUCAUUUCAAUGCUAAUUUAAGCCUAAACCGCUGAUCUGAUCUGAUCAGUCCCUCGA